AUGACCAUCACUGAAAAAUGCAAUGACUUAACGGAUCUUGCUUUAGGAAGAAAAUUCUGUACUGCUUCAGGUGAAAUAUCUAAUGAAUUCAAGCUGGGCACAGGACUGUCAUUGUAUAUCUUCUUCAGACCCCCACAACGAACCGUUUCCCCCAAACAAGACCAUGAAGAAAGGAAGCACGACAAAGUCUUGGACAAGGGCAGUGAAAGUGGGACUUCCUGUAAUGAGUUGUCCACCUCAAGCUGUGACAGCCACUCAGAAGCGAGCACCCCUCAAGAAAAUGCCACCAGCACUCAGCCAUCCACAGCCAACCAGCCAAACACUCUGACUUUGGAUCGUCCAUCUAAGAAGGCCCCGGUGCAGUGGAUGCCACCACCAGACAAACGCAGGAACAGUGAACUCUUUCAAACUCUCAUUAGCAAGUCCAGAGAAACAAAUCUUUCCAAAAAGAAGGUAUGUGAGAAGCUGAGUGUUGAAGAAGAAAUGAGAAAAUGUAUCCAAGAUUUUAAAAAAAUCCACAUUCCAGAUUACUUUCCAGAGCGCAAACGUCCCUGGCAGUCUGAACUCUUACAGAAAUAUGGGUUAUAGUAAUCAACUCUUUCAUGAUGUGUCUCUGGGGUGUUUGAUGUUUAUUAAGUUGCCACUAAUUUACCAAUGUCCUCCUCCUGGCCAACUCUGCCACCAGAGCUAUUCCUACUGCUUAUUUCUUUCUGUGAACAGUGGAUGUUGGAUAGUACAUGGUUUCUUUAAAAAUAUAUAUUAAAAGAUAGAAACUUAAAAAAAUACAAAAGGCAUCUCAUCUAAACCACCUCAUAAUAGCAAAGAAAAAAGUGCAUGGUCAAGAAAGAUGGUUUUCAAACUGUAGUCAGUUGAACUUCAUUAUCGUUUUGGAACUUACGGAGUAAACGUUUCAAUCAUCAGUUAACGCCUCGUUUUAUGUCACCAAUAACAAUGACUCAGACUCACUAUGGAUGAAGAGAUACAGGGUUUAAAAUUCGAUUGAACUGGUUUCGGAACUAAUUCCCAAUGUUCUUUCAAUGUUAAUGCAAUAAAGCAAAUACCUAUUUUGCAUGAGCACAAUGUUACAAAUAAAUCACACAAGAACAAGAGGUCAUCUGUUGCUUGGAGAAUUAUUUGUUUGAUACCAAGCCUAUAAACAUAAAAUGUCUAAGGGAUUGAAUUUACUUUGUUCUGGAUCUGUGAUUUUUUUGUGUGUACAGUGUUCUGUAUGUAAGGAUGGUGUAAAUAUGCCUUAUACUGUUUUAUUAUUGCACCAACAUUCAUCUAUUAGUGCUUGUCAGGGUUAUUUCUGUGAAAUGCAAACUUAUGGCAGAUUGUGAAAACUGGUUUGAUGGUCUGAAAGUUUCUGUUAUGUUAGUCACUAAAAUUGGAGAGAAAUAAAAGAGACUUUAAUGUAUUUAUUAAAGGAACCAUCUGGUAGA